GAUGUGUUUUUCUCAUCCCACGCCUCUUCCAUGGCUCGCCAUGCUUCUCUUGUGACUCUAUUUGCUCAAACACUUAAGAUCACCCGGCGAGUGGGUAUAUAAACACCGGGGCUGGCUUCCUUGUGGCACACUCAAAUUCAGAGCGAGCUACAAGCAAGAACAACUAAGAAGAAAAAUCGUGUGUGAUUAAACAGUGAGAAAAAAAUAAGGAUCAUUGUGACCUCUAAUUGAAGGAAGAAAAUUAAGAAAACUUUUCGUGUGAAAAUGCGGAACUCUAUUGUAUUCCUGAUCUUCAUUAUAACUGCCACAGCAGUUUGUGCUUACUACCUGCCAGAUGAAAGUGUUUCCGAUACCGGUGAUGUCCUGGAUGCGGAAAUUGAUCCAGAGUCCCUAAGCAGUGAUGGGGAUCAAGUGAUCCUCAUCCGGAAUAAACGUGCAAGAUUUGAUUCCUUCUACGGCUCUUCCAUUGAUAGUGCUGAAUCUCCUGGAGGACAACUCUACUACCAACCACUUUUCCGCUACCGUCAGACCAAGAAGAAGCGCAGACGUCUCUUUGUCCCAAAUCUCUGGGGUUAAACUCCAUCAACAACAAAACCAAUCAUCUCGUUUACCUCCGAGUAUCUCUGAGGGGAUCCACGCUAAUGCACUUCGAUGAAGAUCAAUGCAAAACAUCUUGAUCAUGCAGCAUCCAAAAAAAUAUCUUAGUCUACAAUAAUUCUUUUUUAUAUGUGAUAUAACAGUACUAUGUGUAAGAAAAUAUUUAUAUACUCCAAAAAAAUGCGCACUUGUUAAUAAAAAACACUAUUUUGUACAAAAAAAAA